AUGAAGGCUCGCAUGCUGCAACGAGUACAACUGCGUGGGGCCACGGCCGCCGUCGCCAGGUCGCGCGUGGCCGCCCUUGUCCCCGUCCGCGCUGCCAGCAGCGUCUCGCAGCGACCCAACUCGGAGUUUGUCCAGUUCCCCGGUGCGCUCAAGAGCGCCUUCACACACAGUCUCAACUUUGAGAACCCGGAAUCGUACAAAGCCCUGCCCACGUACCGAGUGGUCGACCAACAUGGCGUCGUUGUUGACAGUUCUUUUGAGCCGGACAUUGCGGAGGAGCAGGUUGUCAAGUUGUACAAGGAUAUGCUAUUCAUCUCCAUCAUGGACUUGAUUAUGUUUGAUGCUCAGCGACAGGGACGUCUUAGUUUUUACAUGGUCAGCGCCGGCGAAGAAGCUGUCAGCGUGGGAACGUCGAGCGUGUUGGACCCCGAGGAUGUCGUCUUCUGCCAAUACCGCGAGCAGGGCCUGUUCAAGGAGAGAGGCUUCACAACCAAGGAGUUCAUGUCGCAACUAUUCUCCAACAGAAACGACCCCGGCAAGGGCAGAAAUAUGCCGAUCCACUACGGCAGCAAGAAGCUUAAUGUGCACACAAUCUCGUCACCUCUAGCCACGCAGCUGCCGCAGGCUUCCGGCGCGGGAUAUGCGCUGAAGCUACAGAAGAUGCAGAACCCCGAGUCCAAGGCUCGCGUCUGCGCCGUCUUCUUCGGAGAGGGUGCUGCCAGUGAGGGCGAUUUCCACGCCGCCAUGAACAUUGCUGCCACCAGAUCCUGCCCGGUCAUUUUCAUCUGCCGCAACAACGGAUACGCCAUCUCUACUCCCACCUUGGAGCAAUACCGCGGUGACGGCAUUGCUAGCCGUGGUAUCGGCUACGGCAUCGACACCAUCCGCGUUGAUGGCAAUGACAUUUGGGCCGUCCGCGAGGCCACCAAGAAGGCCCGCGAGCUCGCCCUUCAGGACGGCGGCAAGCCUGUGCUCAUCGAGGCCAUGACCUACCGCGUCUCCCAUCACAGCACCUCGGACGACUCAUUUGCGUACCGUGCGCGCGUCGAGGUGGAGGACUGGAAGCGCCGAGACAACCCGCUGACGCGCCUGCGAAAGUGGAUGGAGGCCAAGGGCUACUGGGACGAGGCCAAGGAGAAAGAGGCCCGCGACGCGCUGCGCAAGGAGGUGCUCAGGGAGUUUAGCGCCGCGGAGAAGGAAAAGAAGCCGGCGAUGAACACCAUGUUUGAGGACAUUUACGAUGAGCUGACGCCGGGGCUCAAGGCGCAGAUGCAGGAGCUGAAGGAGCUGAUUGACAAGUACCCUGACGAGUAUGACGUGGGUGAGUUUGAGGGUGGAAAGGAGACGCUGAAGUCAUAA